GAGAAUCCAGAUGAACCUGGUGAGGAGAAACCUGGUGACACUGAUGAGGAGAAUCCAGAUGAACCUGGUGACACUGAUGAGGAGAAUCCAGAUGAACCUGGUGAAGAGAAACCUGGUGACACUGAUGAGGAGAAUCCAGAUGAACCUGGUGAAGAGAAACCUGGUGACACUGAUGAGGAGAAUCCAGAUGAACCUGGUGGGGAGGAUCCCGACUCUGAUGUGAAGGAUUGCUUCUGGAAAAUUGCCAAGAAAUUCUACCCGAAAAUGAAAAAAUGCAUUGAAAAAUGCUUAGAUGAAUCAGAAAUGGAAUAA